AUGAGCUUCCUGUGGGUGGCUGGGUCUCCUGAUUCCCUCUCCUCUCUGCCAGGACCCCAGGCUUCUGAGGCCCUCCGCACCAAAGCUGUGUUCCAGACAUCGGAGCUGGAGAGCAAUGCCUGGAUGGCAGUGAAGGAGGCUCAUAUGGAGAACACCAUGACCAUCAGCCUCACCAACCCUCCAGAUGCUGUCAUUGCCUGCUACCAGCUGAGCACCAAGGUUUCCUCUCGCUGCAAACACAGUAACAGGAAGCUGGGCGGGUUUGUUCUGCUUUUCAACCCAUGGUGCCCAGAUACGAGCUCCUGAGAUGAUGUGUUUCUGGCCACAGAGGAAGAGAGACAGGAGUACAUAAUGCUCAAUGACAGCGGGAUCAUCUUCCGAGGAGUGGAGAAGCACAUCUGAGCCCAAGGCUGGAACUUCAGGAAGUUUGAGGAGGACAUCCUGGACAUCUGCUUCUGCAUCCUGGACCGAAGCCCUAGUCACCAAGAUGACCCAGCCACCACCAAAGCGUCCCACCACUACGACCCCAUCUACGUCACUGGAGCCAUCAGCGCCAUGAUAAGGAGCCCAGUGAACAGCAACAACGACCAGGGCAUGGUACAAGGCCAGUGGCAGGGCAAGUACGGUGGCAGCACCAGCCCGCUGCACUGGCGUGGCAGCGUGGCCAUUCUGCACAAGUCGUUCAAGGGCAGGUUCAAGCCAGUCAGAUACGGCCAGUGCUGGGUCUUUGCUGGAGUCAUGUGUACAGCAUCCUGCUCUUCACUCCUUGGGUGCUUGGGGAUUUCGACACGGAUUGUGUCCAAAUUUAACUUGGCACAUGACACGGGCAGAAACCUUAGUGUGGACAAGUACAUGGACUCCUUCGGGUGGACACUGGAGGACUUGAUGGAGGACAGCAUGUGGAAUUUCCAUGUCUGGAAUGAGAGCUGGUUUGUCCGGCAGGACCUGGGCCCCGCUUACAAUGGUUGGCAGGUUCUGUAUGCCACCCCCAGGGAGGAGAGUGAAAAUGUGUUCCAGUGCGGCCCGGCCUCGGUCACCGCCAUCCGCAAGGGCGACGCGCACUUGGCCCACGACAGUCCUUCUGUGUUUGCGGAGGUCAACGUGGACUACAUCACCUGGCUCUGGAAUGAGGAUAAAGCCGGGAGCGUGUGUCCUCAGACAUUAAGUACUAAGAAGAUCGGGAGGUGCCUCAGCACCAAGGCAGUGGGCAGCGACUCCCACGUGGACAUCACCAGCCUCUACAAGUAUCCGGAAGGAUCCCAGAAGGAGAGAUAGAUGUACAGCAAGACCAUGAAGAAGCUGUUAAGAGUGGAAGCCUCUGGAAGGAGGGCCCAGGUCCACAGUGUGGGCAGCCAUGGUCUCUGGCAUGAAGAACUCCUGGAGCCUGCCAAUAAGCCCAGCAUCCCUGGAAAGUUCAAGGUGCUGGAGCCGCCCGUGCUGGGCCAUGACCUGAGGCUGGUCCUUUGCUUGGCUAACCUCACAUCCUGGGUCCAGUGGGUCCAAGUCACCAUACUUUACACCCACAAGCAGGUGGCAGAGAUCCUGCACGAAUCCCAUGCAGUGAAGCUGGGGCCAGAAGAAGAGAAAAAGAUCCCAAUUGCAAUAUCUUACUCUCAAUAUAAGGAAGACCUGACAGAGGACAAGAAGAUCCUUUUGGCUGCCAUGUACCUUGUCACCAAGGGAGAGAAGCUCCUGGUGGAGAAGGACAUUACUCUGGAGAACUUCAUCAUUAUUAAGGUGCUUGGCCCAGCCGCGGUGGGGGUGGAAGUGAUGGUGGUCAACCCCCUCUCGGAGAGAGUGCAGGACUGUAUGCUGAUGGUGGAGGGCAGUGGCCUUCUCCAGGGACAGCUCAGCAUCGAUGUGCCCAGCCUGCAGCCCCAAGAGAGGGCCUCAGUCCAAUUCAACAUCAUCCCCUCCAAGAGUGGCCCACGGCAGCUGCAGGUGGACCUUGUCAGCUCCCACUUCCCAGACAUCAAGGUCUUUGUGAUCAUCCACGUGGCCACAGCCAAAUUAUGGGCCAUGGGGGGCCAAGAGUGGAGGAGAUGUCCCCUGUUCUCCUCCUGUCCACCUCUCUGCCCUUCCCAUAUGGGAGCCAGGAGGUCUGGGUUCCAGUCCUGAUUCAGCUUCUGCCCUACUCUGUGAACUUGGGCAAGUCCUUCCCCUCCUGGGCCUCAGUGUCCCUAUAUGUAAAAUGAGGUGUUAGACUCAGUAACCCUUAAACUUUUGGACAAUGAUGGAUGAUAUAAGGAGCCACUACCACCUUCAUCUCAUCACCCUCAUUGCUGAUGGACUAAUGGACUGAGAGUCACAGUAACCUUGGCCCACCCGGCUGUGCCACCUCCUGCCAGCCAGUUCACCGUCACCCUGGCUGACCCCUGCACUAUCCUUGCUUGUCUCUCAACUCUUCAAUGCUCUGACCACAGCAAGAUCAAGAAUAUUCUCCAAGCUCUGACAGAGAACCCAAAAGUUUUGGCACUGACACCUAAAUAUCCCUCAACACUCCUGUCUUACACAGAGGGGACAGUCUAGCCUAUGGCCACGGGGUAAGCUAGAGACAGAGCUGGGGCCCUUGUGCAUGCCAUUUACAUCAGCAAAGUUUUACCCCAAAGUCAUGUUCCUGAAAAACAUUGGGUUUAAAGUGAUGGGAGAAUUUCCCUCAAUGAAGACACAGGCCCAGCAACUGGAGGUGGGGAGGGGGAACGCGUGGGGAAGGGAGUGGUUACUGCUGCCUGAAAGAAGCUGAAGAAAGAGGAAGGACCAUCAAGCCCAGCUGAGUUUGGGGAUAGAGCCCCAAAUCUGAUCUAGCUAUGGUCAUCAGGGAUCUCCUACAACCAACCCAGCUACACCCAAUGUUCAUUUACUUCUUUGGAACCAGAACAGUGUUGCCUUUGAAAAACAUCCCCAGCAGCUUACCCUACACAC